UCAGUCUGUGACAUCAUUAAAAGCUAAUUAAGGCUUGCGGGGUAGGUGAUUCAAUACUAAGAUCAUCCCACGAAAAAAAGGAAGAGAGAGAAGAACAACGACCAAGACACCAUUUAGAGUCUCAACAUGGCUUCUCGAACAGGACACUGUAACUGUGGGAAGAUUGUAGUCUCACUCAAUGCAAGCCCCUCCGAGGUCAUGGUGUGCCAUUGCUUAAACUGCCGUCGAGCUGGUGGGCCGUGUUCGAUCAACUACAUUUGCGAUGAGAAAGGCGUCUCUAUACAGGAUGCCAAUGGGUGCUUGAAAGACUUCAAAGACCACGAUACACAAUCCGGAAACGUGAUAACGCGAUCGUUUUGCCAGGGUUGCGGAAGCCCUGUCUGUACAUGCAGUCCGGCAUUGCCUGGGAAACUGGUGGUCAAGGCCUCGCUGUUUACCGACAUCGCCACGGCGCGUGAGGAGGUAUUUGAGGAGAGGAAGAUUAGCUGGGUCUGAAAUGAGUUGUCUCCUUGCCACUUUGGUGUAACCAAAAUUCUGUUCAGGCAAUCUGCGCAAAUAUUCCGCUGCAGAACAUCUAAUGCAUUAUUCGGGGUUUCUCACAGCUUCAUGUCAAUGCAGAUUGCAAAGGACGUGAUGUGGAAAGUGAAGUUCAGCCUUUGCAGCGGAGGUUCUUGUAGGCCAAUUGAAGGCGCAAUCUGAAAGUGUGAGUUUCGCAACUUCAAUUAGCCAUGGGGCGUCUUAUUAUUCGGGCAUGUUAUGACAGGCGCGUCUCACUUGUGAAGAAACAUGUGGCGCUGCAGGGCUGUACGGUCAGCGCGGAUAUGGGGCUGAAUUAUGGCGCGUGUG